AUGUCUACCAUCCGGUGUCUGUUGCUUGUCGUUUAUCUGUCUCACGCAGCAACUCCAUCGCAACGCCUCUUUGCUGCUGAUUUCCGAGCGCCGGAUCCGCCUAUCUCGAUUAUUGCUGCAUACAAAGCUUCAUUUAUUCAACACAAAUGGGAUGCUACAGGUAUUUCACACAUUGCCAGUGGAAUGAUCUACGCUAACCCCACUAUUGGACGUCUUCGAAUGGACUUGACAUAUGAGGGUGUGAUUGCAAGCUCACUUUUCGACUAUGCAAGCGCAAAUAGUGAUGGCACAAUUCCAAACUACAUCUACACAUUUGCGCCAACAACAGCUACGCAAGGUGCCUGUACGUAUUAUAAUGUCACACCCGCCUAUCCUCUAUUUCCACCGAACAUUCUUCAAGCGUAUGGUGCCACAUUCGUAGGCCUCAUUACCGACAAUCUCUUUUAUGCCGAUCAGCCAGCAUUGGAAGCAUGGGCUGUUCUAUUCGGAGCGACAACAAGUGCCACAGUCUAUCUUGAUGCAAACCAGACAUUAGUGAGGAUCGAUUUCUCAUCACCUGUUCGGGGCACAUUUACCACUACACGUCUGUUUAAUAUUGCUCCUGGUGCUCCGAGUCCAAACUUGUUUGUCAACCCUUGUCCAGGUGAAACACCACCAGCAGUGACAUCUGAUGGAACAUCACCGGCUGUGACAUCUGAUGGAACAUCACCGGCUGUGACAUCUGAUGGAACACCACCGCCUGUGACAUCAGGUGGAGUUCGAAGUGUAUAA